AUGAGUAUUCCGGCAGAUGCAGCUCAACCAAAUACCCCUUCACCAACGCCAGAGCUAGUGAUAAAAGCCGAAACUCAAGAUGAGCGAACCACUCUACCAGCAAACGAGCCUCUGGCGCCACCUAUACAGCUUCCCCUUCCCGACAGGGAUGACUCUCCGUCGCCACUGACACAUUCUCUACUACCGCAGGUAGAGUCCCUGGCAACGCAGCCGCCCAUCCCAGAGGCAGAAACCCUGGCAUCACAGGCGCAACCUCCCCCACUUCCUCCUCGCAUGGCUCCCACCCCAGAGCCAGAGCCUGUUCCUCGCAAGCUCCCACACACAUUAAAUCUCUACCGGUACAAGGGCAGCGACAUGCCAGUAGGCACCUACACUCUGGGCGAACGUGAAAGCCAACCACUCUACCUCUGCAAGGCAGACAGACGUUUUCUCGGACUACUCUCGUCGCCAAUGGUCAUAUACUCGGGGCCUACCGAUGAGGACCCCCCGCUGGCAUACAUAAAGAUAUCAGGAUGGAGUUGCACUGUCUCGGUCGGGUUGGCAGCUUGGUCAGGUGCACUGACUCUAUACCCGGAUCAGGAGGUGAAAGAGAAAUUCUUCCGCGGUGGACAACACUUCACCAUUGAAUCUGGGGCCAGUGGGAAUGAAGUGAAAGAAGAGUUUGAGUGGCGGCCUUCAAAGUGUGAUGCGGUAACGGGCCUAGGGGGUCAACGUCGUGGUUGGAAGCUCAUGAGGCUCGCCCGAGGACCUCCUGGCGGCGCAGAUAUGGACUUUUUACCUGGGAAUAUCAGGGACAGCUAUGGGAAGGAGAUCGUUGCAGUCUGGACCGAGGCCAAGCGGAAUUCGACAGAGAUUGGGCAUUUCCGGUUCCUGGGCACUGGAGUGACGGGGGCUCUCGGGGACAAAUGGGCCAUCAUGGCUAUUAUCACAGCGCUGGCUCUACUGGAGCAAGAUCGAGCCAUCGCCCAAAGAGCCAUCGCGUCUAUAUUCCAGAGAAAGAGUGGAUAG